AUGCUGCUGUGGUUACUGCUGGUCAUCUUUGCUCUGGUCAGUGAACAGCGAGACAGUCGGACUCUCCUGGCGCCCUCUUCUGUCUAUGAAGGAGAUAGCAUAACUCUGACAUGUUAUGGAGAAAAUUUGAAAAUCAAGACGGUGACUUACUACAAGGAUACAAAAAAAUUAAAUUUAUCGAAAGGAGUCUUAAGGUUUUCUAUCCCAAGAGCAGUUUUGAGCGACAGUGGCAACUAUUACUGUACAGUUACUGAGAAAAGACUCUGGUGGUGGACAAAAACUUCAAAAACAGUAAAAAUCAAAGUCCAAGAGUUGUUUCAACAUCCUGUGCUGACCGCCAGCUCCUUUCAGCCCACUGAGGGUGUUCCAGUGACCCUGACAUGUGAGACUCGGCUCUCUCCACAGAGGUCAAAUAUUCAGCUCCAAUUCUGCUUCUUCAGAGAUAGUCAUGCUCUGGGGUCAGGCUGGAGCAGCUCUCCAGAGCUCCAGAUUCCUGCAAUAUGGAGUGAAGAUGCAGGAUAUUACUGGUGUGAAGCUGAAACAGUGACUAACAAAGUCAGAAAACAAAGUUUCCAAUCCCAGAUUCAUGUGCAGAGAGUCCCCAUCUCUAAUGUAAGCUUGGAGACUCGAGCCCCUGGGGGCCAGGUGAUCGAAGGAGGGGAGCUGGUCCUGCUCUGCUCAGUGGCUGAGGGUACAGGAAACAUCACAUUCUCCUGGCACAGAGAGGUCACAGGAACCAGUCUGGGAAAGAAGACCCAGCGUUCCCUGUCGGCAGAGCUGGAGAUCCCAGUUGUGAAGGAAAGUGAUGCUGGCGAAUAUUACUGCAGAGCUGACAAUGGCCAUAACCCCAUCCAGAGCGAGGUGAUGAAUAUCCCCGUGAAAAUUCCAGUGUCUUGCCCCAUCCUUACCCUCAGGGCUCCCAAGGCCCAGGCUGUGGUAGGGGAUGUGGUGGAGCUUCACUGUGAGUCCCUGAGAGGUUCUCCUCCGAUCCUGUACCGGUUUUAUCACAAGAAUAUCACGUUGGGAAACAGCUCAGCUCCCUCUGGAGGAGGAACAUCCUUCAACCUCUUUCUGACUGCUGAACUUUCUGGAAACUACUCCUGUGAGGCCGACAAUGGCCUGGAGGUCCAACGCAGCGAGGCGGUACCACUCUCCAUCUCCGGGUCUGGUGGCUAUAGAAGAGACCUUGUCACAGCCAGAGCUCUUGGGGGACUGUUUGGUGUCCUUGGUUUCAUUGGUGCUGCUUUUCUGUUUUAUUGCUGGUCCCACAAAAUAUCAGGAGAAAGUUCUGCCACUAAUGCACCCAGAGGUGCUUCCAGCCCCAACCUUCAAGAGUUCACCCACUCCAGUCCACUCCCAGCCAUGGAGGAGCUGCAGCCAGUGUAUGUCAAUGUGGACUCUGUAGGUGUGGAUGUGGUUUAUUCCCAGGUCUGGAGCAACGAGCAGCCAGGAGACUCAGCAAACACUGGAAGGACAUUUCUGGAGAACAAGGACUUCCAAGUCAUCUACUCCUCUGUCAAGAAGUCAUAA